GCUCUGAACAGCGAGACAGUCGAGAGGGGUUUUUUCUUUCUUUCUUUUGGAGUAAUCGUCUCCUUAAGACGAGAUUUGUGUCUGGACCUUUUCACAGUUGAGCUCUCUGCGCUCACCGGCUGCGUCGGGAUGGUUCACGCGGAGCAGGAGACACUCCUGGCUGGAAACGAGACACACACCCUGGAAUGAUUCUGUAACAUCUGGGAUUUGAUUCGAUUUUUGAUAAAAGGUGUGAAUCCAUCAGCGGAGUGAAAAUGCUUGACGAUAAAGCGCCGAGAUCGAAGCUGGGACCUCUGUCGAGAGCUUCGUCUUUCUACAUUGAGAAUCUGCUGGGGAACACGUACAGAGCGGCUUCCGAGGAGCAGGUGGAGAACCAGGGAGUUACAAUAAGCGUCCACGGGCCCGUGAUCUGUCCCGGGCCGGGAACGCAACGCGUGGACGGCGCUGGAGUGCUGAGCUGGAGCGGGACGUCACCGAGCAGAGCGCACAGCACCUCGAGAAGUCCGCGCACGGAGCCCGGGCCGACGAGCGAGCGGGAUUCCCCAACUUCAUCCGGGCGGGCGGAGGACACCGAGGAGCCGGAGGCGGAGAGGGGGGACGACAGUUUGACGGAUGACAGGGAGGAGGAGGACGCGCGCUCCUCCUGCUUCUCCCGGGAGGACGGCUGCGACACAGUUGACGUCAAAGUGGCGAGGAAGAAGAAGACGCGCACCGUGUUCAGCCGGAGUCAGGUCUUCCAGCUGGAGUCCACCUUCGACCUGAAGCGCUACCUGAGCAGCACGGAGCGAGCCGGGCUGGCCGCCUCGCUGCAGCUCACCGAGACCCAGGUGAAGAUCUGGUUCCAGAACCGCAGGAACAAGUGGAAGAGGCAGAUCGCCGCCGAUAUGGAGGCCAGCAGCGCCGCCACCGGCUACGCCGCCCAGAGGGUCAUCAGGGUUCCCGUGCUGUAUCGCGAGAGCGUGCCGGCGCCGGUGACGCUGAGCGGCCUGUCUCGAGUGUCGCCCCCGCUGGUCGGCUUCUCUAACUCCAUCAGCUUCCCAUUGACUUCACACUUCACACACCCGGUGUCGUUCCUCACGCCACAGAUGAGCGGGCUGGUGUGACCGUGAGGAGCGACGCCUGAGACUCUUCUGACGCCAGUUAAUCACAUAAAGAUGCCGCAGAAAUAAAGAUUUAGGUUAUAGAAGUGGAGUCAUCCUGUGUGGGUCCUUAAAGGAGUGGUACAUAGUUUUGGGGAAGACAUUGUGAUUGCGAACUCAUUUUUUGAUUAAUAAAUCAACAAACUUUCUUCUGAAUAAACUGACAACAAACUGACCUUAAAGAACAACACAAUUUAUACCGUUUUAUUUUGUGCCACCUUUAUAGCUUCAACAUAUAAAUAUAUGUUUUUCCUCUGAGAGCAGGUUGUUUAUUCAGUUACAGAAAAGAUCAGUAUUUCUGGUUUGUGUAAUUACCUCCCUGAUAUCGUACAGUCUGAGUCUGAAUUUCUUCUCCCAAAUCUACAUACUGCCCCUUUAAGACGUUUUCCAGGAGCAGCUCUGACAGAUGCGGCCACACGUAGGUAAAAAGUGGAUCGUUCGUCCUGUAGGAAGCCACCGUGAUCCCUGCUGCUUACAGAAUCCUUUCAAUGAGACGCUCCUCAUGUUAGCAGUGUCUGAUUCUCAGUUUAAGUCAUCUUGAGGUUGAGAUAGAGUGACUGUGAAGGAAGCUGCUCACAGUCCCGUCCAC